CAUCUAGAAACGGCCCGUCUGACAAUUUGAAAAACGACGUCGUAUCACAUAUCUUCUACAACAACCCCUAAAUCUGAAACCACACAGCCGAAUUACGACCUCGCCGUCGUUUCUUUUCCUCCAAGCUAACUUUUAUUCAACAAUUUCUCACAUAAAUUCAUUCGAUCGAUCCACUGAUCGUGUUCAUCAGAGCACAUCAGAUUCUGCUUUGUAGUACUUGUUAGAGCUGUAAUUACUUAAUGAUAAGGUUAGGAAUUUGUCGACCUGUAGCUAUGGAAGGGAAAUGGCCACAUUUUGCUGAAGUGAAGUCGGUUUUUAAAUAUGGACCUUUAAUAUCUUUUACAUCUCGUUUUGAGUAUUUAUAUUAAUCUAGGUAGGUUAACUAGAGUAAAUACAGUUUAAAUCUGUAGAUAUGGCAUCAAAAUGGGUUAAAGUAUCGGACAGUGGUAGUAGAACUAGAGUCAUUUUUAAUCCUAAACGGAAACGCGCUUCUCAAAUAGUCAAAGCUAGUACCCGAGCUUUGGCUGUGAGGCCUAGCCCAGUAUUGAACCGUAUUGGAAAGAGAAAGAGAGAUGAAAGCUGCAACUCUAAAUGCAUCUCUUCUUCUAGUAAAACUUUACUCAAGUACUACUCGAAUCUUAUGAAAACUGGAGUACCCCAACGUAUGCUUUUUUAUCAAGAUGGUCAAUGGGAUGAUCAUUCCCAAGAUGUUAUUGACUUGGUCAAAGAAGAUUUCUUGGCAAAGAAGUCAACUAUUGAAGUUAAAAUUAAUGGGCGUCAUAUAGUUUUAGAUAUCUUACAUAUGAUUGAAAUAGAUAUGGAAACCGGUGUACAGAAACCUAUAGCGUGGAUUGACGAAACAGGUAACUGUUUUUUCCCUGAAAUAUAUCGUAGUAGUUACGAAAGUCAUGAAUGCAAUAAGUCCGAUGCAGAAAAUGAUAUACAACUUGUUGAAUCGGAGUCUUGCAUGACUCCUGAAGUGAAGUUGCAUGUCGAGAUUGAACUAAAUGGGUUAAAUAACAAUAAUGUUGAGGAAUGCAUGGACGAGUCGUAUAUCGAAGAGUCAAAUAUUAAGAGGGUCAAACUUGACCACAACGUCAAUGAUACUUGCAAAAACCUAUUGGAUCCAGAAACCGUUAGAAAUAUGUUUAUUAAGGGUAUUAAUCCAGCUUUAAAAGCUGAUAUAAUUGAUGUCAAGAAAUGUUCUGGUGAUAUUAUGGAAUCGAUGCUAGAGCUUUUCGAGAAGCAAGUUGAAAUUACACAAAAGCUUCGUGGUAAAGCGAAUGUGAAGUAUGCUUGGUUUGCAUCGUCCACGAAUGCACCUUCUAGCACUGUGGUUUACGGGCUUGGACAUGAUGGGCCAAAACUUGGAAAGUAUGGGUAUGGGGUCCACCUUACAGCUGUUGAUUCUGCCCAAAACAGUGCUACUAUAUGUGAUGUUGACGAAAAAGGAGUAAGAUGCAUGGUGUUAUGCCGUGUGAUAUUGGGAAAUAUGGAACUUGUUUUACCUGGAUCUAAACAGUUUUAUCCAAGCGAUGAUUGCUUCGAUACCGGAGUCGAUAAUUUGGAUAAUCCAAAUCAUUAUGUCGUUUGGAACAUGAAUAUAAAUACACAUAUUUAUCCUGAAUAUGUAGUCAGUUUCAAGAUUUCUCCUAGUGCUGAAGAUGGAAAUAGGGUUAAUUUGUCAUCAAGGGUGACAACCGAAGAUGCUCAAGGACCAUCGCAGAUAGAUUCUUCUUCUUCUAGUAAACUGGGGAACAUAUCUGUGGAAAAGGUCCCGAGUGUUGGAUCAAGCGCCUGUAGGGCUCCUAAAUCACCAUGGAUGCCUUUCUCAAAGCUGUUUGAAGCUAUAUCGGAUAAAGUAUCUCCAGACGAUAUGAAGCUAGUGCAUAUCUUGUACGAGUCUCUUAAGGGAAAGAAGACGAGUCGGGAAGAGUUUAUUAGGAAGUUGAGGUUAAUAGUUGGGGAUCAGAUAUUAAGGUCUACAAUAUCCAGCCUUCAGUCCGCCAUGGCUUAAGCUAUAUGCAGCAUUUCUAUUUGACGAUACAGGACUUAAAGAAUUUGAGGUGGAAAUUCCAUAUUCUUGAUACAGUUUUUUACUUUUGGUGUUUGCAUUUGUCGAAUUAGAUUUUGGUAUUUUGCUUUUGCUUGUGUUUAGUUUAGGAUAAACCUGUAAUAGAAAUUUGAUGGUAAUCGCAUAUCUCUUGAUUUACCACCACUGCACAUGUUGGUAUUCGACUUUAAUAGAAAUUUGAUGUUAAUCACAUAUCUCUAGAUUAAAA